AUGCCGCGGCUACUUUUGAACACUUAUAUCGUCAGUUGUAAACUCAUGGUGUGUACUACUGUGUUCGUAGCAACGCUAACUCAUUAUUGGUUUCGCGACGUUGACGAAGCCGGUCAUAAAGGACUUCGUAUGAGAUGUUUUCAGUAUGGUAGUAACUGUUACCAAUAUAACCACGGGCAUAAGAUUGUGUGGUUUUUCUGUGGAGUAGUUUCGUUGAAUUUGAUUUUCGAAUUAUUGAAUGUACUCUUGUUGUGGAAACGAACUCGAGCACGUAUUAAUCUGAUCCUAGAGGAAAUUUCACUGCUGACAACAUUAAUAUUUCUUGCCCCUGCUGGCCUUUUCUGUUUGUUUGGGAUCAUUAACAGUUUGCAUCCAAGUUAUUCGAGAACAGACUGGUCGUUCUUCGUAUUUUACAUCGCGUCUACAAUAGCUCUUAUCGAUUUCGUUUGUUCAAUAGUUUCGUAUUGCCGUGAAAAUUCAUUUCGAUCGAAUGUAAUAAAAUAUUCAUCGAAUCAAAAUCAAGGAACAGUUCAUAUUCAAUCAGCAUAA